AUGAACAGCACAUUGACAGAAGUUGCCUCGGAGCAACUCAAGAAGGGCGGUUUCUCCGCCACCAUUUUGGAAAAGACUGGCCUUUCACCUAUGGCAUUGGCUAUCACUAUCAUUCUAGGCUUGUUGGUAUGGGAACAGGUGGAUUACUUGAGAAAGAAGAAGCACUUGCCAGGUCCAGCAUUCAAGGUCCCUCUUAUCGGUUCCAUGAUGGACUCCAUGGCUCCUACAUUUGAUAAGUACAAUGCCAAAUGGAAGAGUGGUGAUUUGUCCUGCGUUAGUGUGUUCAACAGAUUCAUUGUCAUCGCAUCUAAUUGUGAGUUCAGCCGUAAGAUCCUCAACUCUCCUGCCUAUGUUGAGCCUGCGGUUGUGGAUUCUAUGAGAUACAUUCUUGCUGAUGAUAAUUGGGUCUUUAUGGAUGGCAAGGAACACAACAACUACCGCAGAGGUCUCAAUGUGCUCUUCCAAAGAAGAGCUCUCGGCAGCUACCUCCCUAUCAUGGACAAAUGUUACCAAAAGUUUUUUGAUGAAUGGCUCUCUCACAAUGGAAAGACUAGACAGUAUCAAUGGGAUUUCAGAGAGCUGAACAUGCAAUCUUCUCUUCGCGUCUUUAUGGGCUGGUUCAUGCCUGAGGAGGCUGCCAAAAAGUGUUCUGACGAGUACUUUAACAUCACUGCUGCUCUUGAGCUUGUCAACUUCCCUAUCCCACUUCCUGGUACCAAGGUUUACAAGGCCAUCAAGUCUCGUGAAUACAUCUAUGAUCGAUUUAUCGAGUCUAUUGUAGACGCUCGUGUUCGCAUUGAUAGUGGCGGGGAACCCACAUGUCUCUUGGACAACUGGUUGAUCGCUAUGAAGCAGAACGAGAAGGAGUGUGCUAUGAAGGGCAAGCCUGCCCCCCAUAAGUUUACCAACCGUGAAAUUGCCUUGACCAUCUUGACCUUUUUGUUUGCUUCUCAAGAUGCUACAUCAUCUGGUCUUACAUGGACUUUCCAACUGCUGGCUGAUCAUCCUGAUGUGAUGAAGAAGGUAUAUGAAGAGCAAGAUAGACUUCGUGCUGAUAACCCAGAUCAACCUCUCACUCUUGAAUUGAUGGAAAAGUCGGUCUAUUUACGUCAAGUUGUCAAGGAGUCACUUCGUCUUAAGCCCCCAGUCUUGAUGGUGCCUUACCAAACUCACAAAGAUUUCCCUAUUUCUCCUGACUAUACUGUUCCUGCCAAGUCUAUGGUCAUUCCUACUACCUAUCCUGCUCUCCACGAUCCUGUUGCUUAUCCUAACCCUGACUCUUUUGAUCCUGAUCGCUGGGGACCUGAUGGCUGUGCCGAAGAUUUUCCCAAGAACUUUAUGGUGUUCGGUAAUGGACCUCAUCACUGUCUCGGUAAAGAAUAUGCCAUUCUUCACUUGAUGUCUACUGUUGCCCAAGCUACCCAAAGACUUGAAUUCAAGCAUUACCGCACCGACAAAUCCGACUCCAUUUGGUUAUUCGCUACAACCUAUCCCGAAGAUUUCUGCCCUAUGAGUUUCCACCCAAGAAGCAAGUAG